GUUACAGAGUUUGCACCAAACUGUUUUUCUGCUGACUGCUCGGUCACAUCGCAUCCUGAAGAUGGCCUCUCUGCAUGUGUUUGUCUGUCUGCUGGGACUGGUUGUCCUGAGUCACUCUGACAACUCCUGCUUCUUUAAGGAGUUGGAGGUCAAAGAUCCAGCAAACCCUCCAAAAGGGUGUUUGGAUAUGGAUGGAAAGCUGCAUGACUUUGGCUCGAAGUGGGAGAGAGACUGCAUGGCUUGUUCUUGUGCAAGUGACGGCUUGAGCUGCUGCCGCAACUUCCCUGAUGCAGACACCGUAGAUGUUCCUGAGGAGUGUGAGCUGGUUAUAAACAAGGCAACCUGCACUGCCAAGGUAGUGCUGAAAUCUGACAAAACUAAAGAGUGUAACCCUCUUUAAAAACACCACAAAAUAGACUCGGCACAUUAGGGACAAUUAAAACCCAAACUGGAAACAGGUCUUUUUUUGUUAUUAUUAUUAUUCACAUUUUCUCAAUUUUUUCAUUGUGUGUGCACACAUUAAAUCCCCAAUAAACAAACACCUUAUCAACUUUGCUUUUCUUUCACUGUUAAUAAAGUUAAAACCUGCAUCAACCUGCAA